UACAUUGCUCCGGUGGACUACUGCCUGCUGCCUGCUCGCUAGCAAACAUUUCCUUAUCCGGUAACGUCAGAUUCAAACAUCGCUCAAUGGAAGGUUUUGUUUAACGAGAUGGAUGAUGAGCUGGAUAACUUCAUCAGGGAGCGGAAGGCGAGAGUGGCACAGGAUAAAGCCAGUUUGGAACAAGACCCUCCUUACAUGGAAAUAAAGGCAAAACCCCACAGAGCCUAUGAGUCCACUGUUAAAGAGAACAUCCCUCCCAAGUCUAUAGCACCAAGGAAAGAGGAGGGCUGCACCGUGGGUCUACCACUGGGUGUGGAGUAUGAGAGGAAGAAACAGAGGCUGCAGCAUGAGCUCCGCAUGGACUACAGACGCUACAUGGCUCAGCAACGCCUGCUUGAAAAUCAGGAGGGGGAUCUUCCCAGACAGCGAGCCCCCUCACGGAGGGAUGCAGCUACCCUAACAGAGGACAGUCGGGGGUUAAACAGGGCUUUGCGACUGGCUAAUGUUAAGACCCCCAGCCCUGAUCAGGACCAGGAACGGUCUUCAGUCCUUCUCAGGCAUUGUGACCGGCUGGGGAAACCUGUGGACGAGGACUCGGAGGAGCUGGAGCUGAUGGACGGAAGGAAGUACAGACUUAUCGGGGCAGAGGCCAGUUAUGAGAAGAGACGAUCCAAUAAGACUGAUUACAGGGAGAGGAGGGAGAAUCUAGUCGGCUGGGGAUCAAAAGCGCUGAGCACAAAUGAGGAUGCUCAGUUUGCCACUGGCCUUAUAAUAGGAGCAGCUGAAACAGAAGAUGCCGUACAGAGGAGGAAGGAGCGCUACAGACAGGACCUGCAGGAGCAGAUAGCUGAACAGCACAGGAACAAGAAGAGGGAGAAAGAUUUGGGUCUCAAAGUUGCUGCAACAGGAGCAAAUGAUCCUGAGAAACAGCCGGAGCGAAUCAGACAGUUUGGUCUGUGCAGGACAGGAAAUCCUCAGGUUGUGGAGCCCUCAGCAACAGGAGAGAGUGAACUCUCAUCCAGAGGUCUCUCUAAUAUCGUGAAGAUGGGUGUUCGAGACAGAGAGACGCCUCCUCCUGAGCAGCCCCAUGUUGCCUUCCAGUCCCCUGUGCUGGAGUACAGCUCUGCCCUGAGCCAGGGGGGAGGAGGUCUGUCCCCCAACAGCCAGCCUGCUGCCCCCUCCUUCCCCAGAGCCAUCGACAUUCCCAGAAUCCCCAUGUGUCCUCCUCAUCCUCCUUCAACUCUCAGUGAAGCCUACAGGAGCCCGUAUGCAGAGCCCCAUCACUACUACAACAGGAACCUGCUUGACCCAAACAUGGCCUACUAUGGUCACCUGUCUGUCCCUGGUCCAGGCCUUCCCAUGUCCUACUCGAACUUACCACCAGGGGGAGCUCUGCCCAGCCAGUUUGGUCACCACAGCCCUCACAGCCAGCACAGUGGAAGCAGCUUCCCUGAGCCUCCAAUACAGUCUAUCAAUGAGGCUGCUACUGUGGACCCACAGGUCAGAGUUUUCCCUGCAGACGGAUCCAGAUCAACCAGGGAGAGGAUCCUGAGCUACAGGGAGGCUUUGAAACAACAGAUCCAGGAGCGGCAGGAGCAGAGGCGUGUGGAGAUGGAGGAGAGGGAGCGUUACGAUGCCAGGCUGGAGGCCGACAUGAAGAACCAUCAGCCUUGGGGCCGAGGUGGAGGAGGAGCGCCUCUCAGAGACAGCACUGGAAACCUUAUCGCUGACCUCAACCAGAUGCACAAACUGAAUGAGGAGGCCUACAGCAACCCGGAGCAGUGGCAGAGGAGAGCUACGGCCACCUUGACGGCCUGCAGGGCGGAUCUCCCCGACCCCAAUGAGAGGGUCUCUGGUUUCACUCAUGUCCAAACCCCCCAGUUUGCCAGAGGCAAUGUGUUUGCCAACCAGCCCACCCAACAACAGCUCCACGAGCAGGACGAGUACAAAGCUUACCUCAAACAGCAGAUUUAUGAGAAAAUGCUGAAAAAGGCGGAGGAGAGGGAACGAAGAAAACUGGAGGAGGAGAAAGAGGAGAAGAGGCUGGCGGAGCAGAGGGCUCGCAUCCAGAGAGAGUACGAUGAAGAACAAGAGAGGAAAAAACGGAAGGAAAUGGAGCAAAAAGUCAAGAAUGAAGAGCUGAUUCAGCUGGCUGAACAGAGGAAGAAGGAAGCUGAGAGGCAGAAGAAGGAAGCAGAAGAGAAGGAGAGCGCAGCCCUGAGGAGGCAGUAUGAGAGGGAGAGACAGGCCCGGGUGGAGGAGGUCCACAGGGAGCCCUCACCUCCAAUCCCCACUCUGCAGAAGAGACAUGGUCUACACCAGUACACCCCCAGACCCCCCACUGUUAACAGCCAGCAUUCAACUGCCCCCCUGUCUGAGCGCUCUUUGUCUGGUCUCCAGUCUCCUCCUGUCCCAGCUUGCAGGAAUCAGCUCCGAGCUGAAGGUGUCCAGCGUGAAGUGUUCAGUGAGCUGUCAGUGUUGCGUCGGCAGCUUCGCAGUGAACAGAAACGGCUGGAGGAUCGUCUGCAGCAGGGCGACUGGGAGGAGUUCGACUCUCCUCUGAGUGACAGACUUCGGGAGCGUCCCCAGGUGGAUGUGUUUGAUAUGGCUAGGCUGCGGCUCCAGGCUCCGGUUCGAAGGCCCAACUCCAGAAACAUGGAGCCCAGAAACCUGCUACGAAUCCACGACUCCCUUCAGCUCAAACACACAGAUGGUGAGUCCAGGCUGGGCUUCAGUGAAGUUCCGAAGCUGGAGGAAGUGGGUGUGGCCAGCAGGAGGAGGCGGGGCUACAGGGAUCCAUAUCACUCGUUCAGCAGCCAGAGGUCUACAGUCCAGGAUGAUUAUUUUGACCUGUCCCCACCACGGCAAAAUGAUUAUCUGAGGAGUGUGAUGGGGUCUGCGAGAGGUUCACUGCUGGAGUCAGAGAGUGCGUUCAUUGAUCCCCUAGGUGAUGCCUUUCCUGUCCUACACAACCCAGAGUUGGGAAAAGCCCCUCCGCUGUCAGCCAGGGAGAGGAGGAGGCUGGCCAAACAGCCACAGCGCCCUCAGGAUCGAGCUGCUUCCACAGGCGACAGACUGCAGCAGGAAGCAGAGCCCGGCGCUGACAGGACGGGUCACCUGAGAGAGGUCGCUCUCGGUCGUCGUGGCAACAAUGCCGGAGCAGUGGAUCUGUCUGAUGACAGCUCAUCCCCUCCCCACUUUUCUCUUCACAAUCUUAACCAUCAGAGCUCCAUGGAAACCAUCUCCACUGAUCCCUGGAUGAGGCCCGGAACGUCGGACACUCUGAAGUGUUUGGGCCGACCGAAGAGGAGGGAGCAGCUGACGACAUAGCGCCGUAUGUGUCCCUGCAGACUGGGAGGUGCUUUUUACCCUGACAGCUCGUCUUAACCGUUGUGCAACACUCAGGACAUUUCUGUGUUUUCAAUCAUGUUGCCUGUCUUGAUGCAUAUGAUACAAAUUAGUGAUGUGCCAAUGAAGCCUCAUGAACCAUUUUCUUAAUUUCCUGACUUCACUAGAUGGAGCCUCAAUUAUAUAUAGUCCAUAAUAAACUUCAUGGACACAAAGGAUGUCUCCAUCAAAAUCACAAUUUUUCACCUCACAACCAUUACAAGAAGCAUUCUGUUAUGUCGGGUGUUUACAUCCAGACCCCUGGAUUCAAAAUUAUAGUUUUUAACUAUUUUCUAACAAAUUGAGCAGUGAUGUGCCAAUGAAGCCUCAUGAACCAUUUUCUUAAUUUUCUGUCUCGAUGGAGCUCUCUGUUCAACAAAAAAGCUGAAAACACACUUGAUUACCAUUGCUUGAGCCUUUUUCAAUAAACCAAGGGUACCAUCUAGUGGGCUCAGAAAAUAAAGCAAAUGGUUCAUGAGGCUUCAUUGGUACAUCACUAAGAUUGAGCCAUUUUCUCAUGUUUUCCCUAUGGGACAAAUACAUAAUGCUAUUUUCCUGGUUUCCUCUGAGGUUAUGGCUGCUGUAUUAUGAUGCAAUGCAUUGUGUGGGAUAUGUCGACGUCUAACAGUUAGACUGUGAACAACGAAACAAAACUUCCCCCUUGCAUGUUUACAUAAAAUACUGUAAUUCAGUGGCAUUUUGGAAACAAACUUGCUUUAAAGUCUUGAAAUUCUGAAAAAUGAAUAAAUAUUUUGUAGUUUUGAUCAGUACUGAAGUCGGUUAAAAGAUAAUAAUAAUAUAUAAUUUUAAUGAUGAGUUUUAAAGUGAUGCACAAGGGUUAACACAGAAGCCUCUAUCUUUAAAUGGCUGGUUUUUACCCCAUGGCUUUGUGAUGUCAGAAUGAAUGUCUGUCUGAAAAAUCAGUAUCUCACACUGUCAGAACUCACAUGUGCUUGUUUACUAUUUUAUUAAUGACUAAAUUAUGUCUUGAAUAAAUUAUAUUUUAAUACA